AACGGUCAUAAAGAAAAACAAGCAUUGCAACAGCUGGAGGAUCUGUGUCUCUGUGCCCUGUUAGUUGGGUGUUAUCAUGUAAAAGCCAGUGCUAAAAGACACAAUAUGGAGCUGGAAAGGGACAGCAGAUUGAGUGGUCUGCUGGAUGCAGCAUUGAGAAAGGAUUUAGAAGGGUUAAAAACCCAUCUUGACAGCUCAAUGGAAGUACCAGAUGAGGUAGUGGUUUGUGCUGCAAGAGGAGGAUGGUCUGAUUGUGUUAAACUUCUCCUCCAGCAUGGAAUGGAUAUAGAUGCCACAGUCUCGGGGGACACAGCCCUGACCUUGGCUGCAAGGGGUGGACACUUGGACACUGUCCGAGUUCUGCUCGAUGCUGGAUGUGAUAUUGAUAAACCCAGCAAGAAUAUGCAAACCGCACUGGCUUGGGCAACUUUUUAUGGGAACACAGAGAUGGUGAGGGAACUACUUGCAAGAAAAGCCUGCCCGGACACCAUGGACACUACACUGAACAAAGCUCCUAUUGUUAUUGCUGCCACCUAUGGUUACACAGAGAUUGCCAGUUUGCUGCUCAAUGCCAACUGCGAGGUGAAUGGGUACGAGUUUCCGCCUUUGCAUGAGGCUGUACGAAAUAACUACCUCAGUAUUGUAAAACUUUUAAUUGAAAGAGGAGCAGAUGUGAAUGCUAUAGACCAUGGUGGGUAUACGCCACUACACCAUGCAGCGUGUAACAAAAAUCGUUCGGAGGUGAUAAAAAUGCUUAAAGAUAGCGGUGCGAACAUCAAUGCAUAUGACGGCCAGCUGCGUUCAACCCCUCUGGCUCUUGCUAUUCGCUGCGGGCGCCAUGACAAUAUCAAAGCUUUGAUAGAGGCCGGAUGUAAUGUCAAUGAUGGAAUAGAAGGGUUUUACUCUGUGACACCUCUGCUUCUAGCAAUAAACCACAAUGAUGCUGAGAGUGUGCGGUUACUUCUUGAAGCAGGCGCAGAUCCCGACUUACAAAAUCACAACACUGGAAAGACACCAUUGCUUUUGGCAACAGAGGAGAACCAUAAAGAAAUCACCAGGUUGCUGAUUGAAAAUAACUGCGAUCUUGACAAAUUCACCCCAGUGGCUGUUGCCUUGGAGACAGGCCAUUUUGAAAUCGCAAAGCUACUGGUUGCAGCUGGGUGCGACCUGUUUCCAGCUCGAGAGUGGUUACGACAACAGCCAAUUUCUACCGAGGACGAGUCCGAGGAUUCGGUUAUGGAGGAUAUGGCUUGGCUGAUUGAUGCUUGUAAUAAACCCCCAAGCCUCCUGGAACUAUCUAGGCGCAUCAUUCUGAAAAAUCUGAGGUCUCAUGACACCGGUGAUCUGAUGAAUCUUCCAUUACCCCAUUUGCUCAAGACAUAUAUCAACUUGCAAUAGCAGAUAUGAACGGAGAGUCAUGUACACAAAUUAUUAUAGCAAGAAGAAAAAAUGCUCAAAAGGGGCCAAAGUACCAAGAAAACAAACUAUGCUAGGCUUUACAUAAUUGUUGACUACAAACUAAGCAGAGUCUACUGUGAAAAUGAAAGCAGAGGUUGUUUUGAUGUUAAAUGUCACUGCCAAAGAGGAUAUACGUUCGUUAAGUUUAACAAACGAGUUAAAAACUUUUCAAAAUCAGGUAAUGGAAAACUGAACAUUUAAGAGGUGGUAUGGUUAUCAAUUAUACAUGUGUAUGUAUCAAUAUGAUUAUGACUGUGUAUUUUAGUAUCUAAAUAUUCCAAUACAGUAUUCUGAUCACCUGUUGCUGUCGCCAUUCCUGUCCGACGCACUUCCAAACUUUUAUCUCAUUGUCUAAGUCGUGUUUGAUAUUCAGUAUACGGCCAAAACAAUUAUGUAUAAAAAAAUUACGAUAUUUUUAAAGGAGCAGGAUAUAAGGUACGCUGUUGUUAUCACACAAAAAAAAACAGCUGUGUUGUAGUCAUUUAGCAUUUAGAAAAAAAAAUCCCAAGGGGUAUAUUUACCCAACAAAUGUAUGAUCUCUUUAUAUACAUGAACACAUUAUUUUGACUAAGAAAUAUAUGUUAUUGUUGAAAAU